CAAUUUGAACAAUUAAAUCAUGGCAAAAAUAUCAGCCCCUUUAGUGGGGUUUCUUCUUUUCAGUUUAUUGGUCGCCACGGCACAUGCAGGAGUUGAGUACAUGAAAUACAAGGAUCCCAGGCAGCCUAUUAGCAAGCGGAUUCGGGACCUCAUGAAACGAAUGACUCUCGAUGAAAAGAUUGGUCAGAUGGUACAAAUCGACCGGCAAGCAGCCACUGCAGCGGUCAUGAGGGACUACAAAAUCGGCAGCAUCUUAAGUGGAGGAGGAAGCAUACCGCGCCUUCAAGCCUCCCCUCAAGAAUGGAUCAACAUGGUUAAUGGUUUCCAAAAUGGUUCACUCUCAACCAGGCUAGGGAUUCCAAUGAUUUAUGGCAUUGAUGCUGUCCAUGGACAUAACAAUGUGUAUAACGCCACCGUAUUUCCUCAUAAUGUUGGCCUAGGUGCUACAAGGGAUCCUGAUCUUGUGAAGAGGAUUGGAUCUGCAACAGCUCUUGAAGUUAGAGCUACUGGCAUAAGCUAUGUUUUUGCACCCUGCAUUGCGGUUUGUCGAGAUCCGAGAUGGGGUCGAUGUUAUGAGAGUUACAGUGAAGAUCCUAAUGUCGUCAGGGAAAUGACAGAUAUCAUAAAUGGACUCCAAGGGGAAAUUCCAAAGGGUUCACCUAAGGGUGCUCCUUAUGUUGGUGGAAAGGAUAAGGUGGUGGCUUGUGCCAAGCAUUUUGUGGGAGAUGGUGGGACAACAAAGGGCAUCAAUGAAAACAACACAGUGAUCGAUAGACACGGACUGCUUAGCAUUCACAUGCCGGGUUAUAAUGCGGCCGUCUAUAAGGGAGUCGGGACAGUUAUGGCUUCUUACUCUAGUUGGAACGGAUUGAAAAUGCAUGCUAACCGCGAACUAGUCACCGAUUUCCUCAAGGGGGCUCUUAGGUUCAGGGGAUUUGUCAUCUCUGAUUGGCAGGCGCUUGAUAGGAUGACAUAUCCUGUUCAUGCCAACUAUACAUAUUCAGUUCUCACCGGGAUUCAAGCAGGCCUUGACAUGAUUAUGGUUCCUUACAACUAUACGGAGUUUAUUGAUACUUUGACUGGCCUUGUCAGUAACAAUUUCAUCCCCAUGAGCCGUAUUGAUGAUGCUGUUAAGAGAAUCUUGAGAGUCAAAUUCACACUUGGUUUGUUCGAAAACCCCAUGGCUGAUGAAAGCUUUGUCGACCAGCUCGGACAUCAGGCUCAUAGAGAUUUGGCCAGGGAAGCAGUGAGGAAAUCGCUUGUUUUGUUGAAGAAUGGAAAAAAUGCAGAUGAACCAAUGCUACCUCUUCCCAAGAACUCGUCCAAGAUCCUGGUUGCCGGCAGCCAUGCCGAUAACUUGGGAAAUCAAUGCGGCGGUUGGACCAUCAACUGGCAAGGUGGUGAUGGAAACAAUUUGACUGCUGGAACCACCAUUCUGAAAGGUAUUUCAGAAGCUGUUGAUCCAAGCACAGAGAUAGUCUACCAAGAGAACCCAGAUUUCAACUUCGUCAAGACCAACAAUUUCUCUUAUGGCAUCAUCGUUGUAGGGGAGCCUCCGUAUGCCGAGACAGCGGGUGAUAAUUUGAACUUGACCAUCCCAUUACAAGGUCAAUAUGCAAUCCAAAAUGUCUGCGCCAACAUCAAGUGUGUGGUUGUUCUGAUAUCCGGAAGACCCCUUGUUAUGAUGCCACAUCUUGAACAAGUUGAUUCGCUGAUUGCUGCAUGGCUUCCAGGCUCCGAAGGCCAAGGCGUGGCCGAUGUUCUUUUUGGAGACUAUGGUUUCAGCGGCAAACUGCCUCGGACAUGGUUCAAGACGGUUGAGCAGCUGCCGAUGAAUGUCGGGGAUCCGAAUUACGACCCAUUGUAUCCCUUUGGUUAUGGACUCACUACUCAUCCUGUCAGCCACACAAGUUAGUCUCAGAGUCUUGAGCUGUCCUGUGUUAAUGCUAAGCAGCCUUUUAGUUUGAAUUUUGGUUUUAAAAGUUGGAGUUAUUGGCAGAAUAAUAGUAGCAGUCAUUUUGUGUUAGAAUUUCAUAGGUAGGAUCCAUCUUCCUGAGCUGCCUGCUUGUUUGGUGUACUUGUUAUGUAAAUUUGUUGGUUGAAAAUAAAAAUGUGGUGCUUUGGAAGAAAA